AUGUCUGAGUGUUUGUCGCGCGACGCCUCCUUUGACGCCUCCCUCUCGUCGGCCGCCGCCGUCGCGCGCCUCACAGCCGCCCUCCACAGCGCGCACAACAGAGCCAAAGGCCUAUCGCUUGUCGUCUCAAACGUGGAUCGCAUGCAAGACUCCAUUGUCGCCGAAAACGCCAUCUUUUGGUCGCAAAUCGCAGUCAAAGAACUUUCAAAGAACUCGCAGAACGCGACGCUCGCCGCGCGACUCGUGGUCGCCGUCGCCGACGCCGUUCACCGCCGCUCCGCGUGUCACCAUUUGUGGCCUCAGAUGACGUCUUCGGUCGCCUUUCCGGCCGUCGAUCUCCUCAUCGGUCGUUCCCUUCCGUCGUCUUUCGUCGUCUCUGUCGUCGCGCAACUCAUCGCGAGUUUCGGUUCACAUUUGGCGCCAAAACGCAAACCAAUCGAAGCCUUCGUUCUCAACAACGGACUCAACGCGCGCUCCGACCAAACGGUGCGAACCCUCCCAUUGGCUCCCAUUCCCUCUGACGUCACUUUUCUCUGUCCGCAGACUUUCGCCCUUCUCUUCGCGCGACUCUUCUUGUGUUGCGUUUCCAUAGAAAGGCGUCAAAUUCACGGCCAAUAUCUCCGCCAAUCGCUGGACGCCCUCAACGCCGCUCUCGCGCAACAAAACUCAAAUCACGUCCACUUCUGGAGCUCAUGCGUCGCCGCCCUCUGCACGGCCGACACGGGCGGCGUCGCCGUUGCCCUUCCCGUCGCCGCCGUGGUCCAGAGCGCCGUUCGCGUGCUCGCUUUCGCCCCCCAGCGCGCGCUUCUCCUCCUCGACGCCCUCCUCGUCACCGCGCGAAACGAUUUCCUUGUCUUUUGUCCGAAAGUCAAUCAAAUCGUCAAACAAUUGCUUUCGAGCGAAGAUCUCGCGCUCCGGACUCUCGCCUUCCGUUUCCUCCGACAAUACUUCCGUCUCUUUGGCUUCAGGUCAGGAAUUUCCGCGCAAACGGCGCAACAAUUCGUCCAAGAGCUUCUCCACGCCGUCAACGACUCGCAGAACUCUUCGUCCGCCGCAGACAUCGACUCCGCCCUCGACGCUCUGCGCGCUCUCUUCGCCGCGUUUCCCGCUUUGGACGCGAGUCUCGCUCUGCGCUCUUUUGUCGCGCUUUUGAUCACAAAUUAUCGAUCGCGAGAAAUGUCUUCACUUUUGCAACGAGACGACACGCGCCGCCGAUUAUGGCGAUUGACGGCUUCUCUCGUCGCGAGACAACAACGCGCCGGAAGUGACGUCAGAAGUGUCGUCUGUUUGGCCCAAAGAGCGCGCGUUUGCGAUCCAAACGAAGACAUUCAACGCUUUUGCGAACAAACGAUUCGAUUGUCGAUUAAUCGGUUUUCGGCGGCAGACGACACGCCCACUGAGAAGGAAACGCCUUUCGCCGAAAUGGAGACCACUUUGGAGUCUUUUCCUGUCGUCGAAAGUGUCGUCCCUUUAAGUGUUCCUCCGCUCGAGAGCGGGAAAGACGCGGAGGACGUCAUCGCGAGCGGCGGUCCACCGACAAAACGCGCGAAAGUGGACGACAAGAGCGACGACAGUGUCGUCGAAGACAUUCUCAAAGACUUUGUUUUGAAUUGA